GGCAACCAUGGCAGCGAGGAAGCAAGUCGAGGAGACGGCGGCCGUGGACCUGGGCGCCCUGCUGGACGCAGGUGACGGCGCCGUGGUCACCCUGGUGGCGGGGGAGACGCGGCUGGCUGCCCACAGGGCAGUCCUGGAGAGCAGGAGCCCGGUGUUCAAGUCAAUGUUCGGCAACGGUGUGGCAGAAGUGAACGUGGAGAACGUGGAGGGCCCGGUGCUGCGGCAGCUGCUCUCCUACGCGUACACCCUGCAGGCCCCGCAGCAGCUGCCCGACAUGGCCCCCAAGCUGCUGGCGGCCGCCCACACCUACAGGUUGCCAGAGCUGAAGGACGUGUGCGAGCAGCGAGCGGUAGCGGAUCUGGCGCUGGAGAACGCGGCGGCUCUGGGCGUGCUCGCACUGAGGCACUCCUGCCCCCGGCUCCUGCAGGCUGCCGUUGCGCUUAUGAAGGACGACACCCGGAAGGUGAUGAUGACGCAGAGCUGGAAAGAGACGAAGACCCGGUACCCGCAUGCCCUGCUGGACUUAAUGGACUUGAUCGUAGAGCCACCAGCAGAAGACAGCUCGCCGGCCGCCACAGGGGGCGGGCCCUCCCCUGCCACUCCCCGUCAGCCCCGCAGCGACCACGCCCAGACUCCCGCCGCAGCUGCGCCGCCCGAGCCCGCCCGACACACUCCCCCGCCACCUGAUGACGCAGCCGUCUCUCGCUUGCGGUGAGUUGCGCCACUGCAGGUGCACGAGUCCUUCACCUGUACUGCCACUUAACUGGCGUGUCAACCAAAUGUUGUAGCAAAAAGAGAAUUCAAUUUCUUUUUUAAUUUUCGAUAACGCUGAGUUUACAGUUAUCAGGGAAAAUUAUUUCCUUGUUUAUUACUGUGUUCAAUGUAAUUGCCGCUUUUGAUUGUGUUUACGCAUGUUACAAAUUAGUCAUGAAAGAAAUAUGAGUGAAACCAGGAUUUCAGUGCUUUGCCACUCAACAAAACCUAGACAUUAUGUGAAUGAAUCAUUGGGUAUAUAGGUAUAGCGA